GGCGUGUCGGCUUACACACAUCUACCACGUACAUUGUCACAUGCACAAACGCUCACAUUCAUACGCUUUAGUUUUGCAAUAAUUGAGACGCAAAUGUAGUUGGGUAUUUGAACAUUUUUUAACUUUUUUUAGUUUACAAUACAUAAUUUUCUGUUGUCUCGUCAUUAUUUCACACCGUCAAAAAAAAUAUAUAUAUGUAUGUAUUAAACAAAAAUGAACAAAACCACACGCCACCACAAUCAUACAACACAACAAUGCCGCUGAUGUGCCAUAAACAUAAACAUCAUCAACAACAACAACAACAACAACAACAAUAUGCACCUACUGCACCGCACAACGCACCAAAUCGACCAUUGUUGUCGACAGGCUCGGUUUCAUCCAGCGACAGCGGACACGGCUCAUAUGCCCAACAACACGAUACAAGUAGCUCGGUUUACACGGCUGCCGAUUGUCGAUUGCUCCAGCAAAUAUCCAAUACAGCGGCGCGUAAUUUGAGUGGCGGCAGCAACAGUAGUACCAGCAGUGGUGCUAGCCAAUGCAGCAAUAGUAGUACACCAACUACGCCAGCAACAACGCCCAUUCCACCGCCGCCACCGUAUCAUAUGUUGCGCAGCGCUACGCACAAUGCCGUCAGUAAUCUGUAUCAUGCGAAUGCAACAGGUGCAGCUCCACUGCCACCGCCGCCAUACGUCCGUUUACAUUGCGCGGAAAAUAUGGUUGCACCGCUGAUGCAUUCGGCACACACACGACAUUCCGCUAUGCAUGGUGGCCCCCCAAAUUUCGUUGAUGGCAACAAUAAAUGCCCGAUGUGCCCAACAAUGUCGCCACCAUCAACUAUGAAUCAAUAAAGUGUUUCAAAAACUUGUUUGAGAUUAUGUGUAAUUUUAGAGUAAGUAUGACUACCAAAAUCCAGUAUAUUUUUAAUUAUUUCUUGCUAGCACUUACUUAGGCUACUAACAAUAAUUAGGGCAAUUGAAAAAAAGCUGCCACUUAAGUUACUUGCAGUUCCUCUGUUGUUGUCGCAGCAUAUAAAUUCUCCAAAGCGUUUGGGAGGGAGUGACAGGCCUUGGCCAGAUAUAAAUCUAACUCUAAACUGAGAAAAAUCCAAAGGUGCCGCAGGAUGCAGUUUACUUCGUUUAAUUAUUUUGAUUCUGCUCCUUCUUAGGGCGCUUCGUUAAACUCAUGCCCCGACAACUCAAAGCUUUUUUAUAGAACUAAUCAGAAUCAGAAAGAAGAAGAAGAAUCAUUUUCCACUUUGGACAAGCAAGCCAGAGAAAUGCCUAUUACAAUAGCAAAUACGCCGAAUUCUCUGUCAAGAUUUUGUCUAAAGCAAAAAAAAAAACAAAGCCCGUACACUUUUAUCGCAGAAAAUGAAGUUAUGGAUCGCCACUUUAUUACUCACUUUCACCAUGCAUCACACAUCACAGCUAAAGUCGUCUUUUAGGGAUGCUGACCAGGAAUCGAAAGACCAGGGUUAACUUUCAUAUUCCAAUCGAUGUAACAAAUAUAACUUGGAGCGUUCCCACGACAGUCGGUUAUAUGUAACCGGAACGUCCCAGAUGCAUAUCUAGCCAAGUACUGUCACUUCAGCACCAUUCUCCAAAAACUCUUUGGGGAAUUUGUAUGCGGUUACAACAACAACGUAACCUGGAGCCUUUUUUGUAACUGUUUGUCACACAAUGCUGGAUCAAGCAUAGAUCAGAAUUUUUCUAUUGACAAUGUAAGCUGCAGUUCAAAUGGAGAAGUAGUUGGAUUCACUUGGCAUUUCCAAUCGGCGUCAGUUGGCACAGAAGUU